CGACAUCUGAAAAACAGAGAAAUCCUUCAGCUCAAAGGAGGCGAUGUGACGUGUCGUGGAAGGUUCGCCCUCGGGGUGGACCUCCGCGCCGUCUCCGUGAGACGUGUUUUGUGAGAUGACGACUGGAUCAGAGGUGAGAACAAGGCGACGAGCCGCUCUGUGCCUCACGGGUCAUUUGCGUUCAGCCACCUUUGAUCCCAAUGGUCUCUUCGUGGAGCCCCUGCAGCGAGUGGUGCUGCGCUCGUUGAGCAAUUCCGGAUACGUCGUGGAUGUUUUUGCAGUGACUGAUGCGGGCGAGGACUGCCGACAGGCGGAUGAGAUGCUGGAGCCUUUGCGCCUGAAGGCUUUGCAUUGCAUUCCACAGAACGAGGAAGACGACCUGCAAAGGCGCAAGGAGGAACGUUGGCUGAAGCAUGGUGCUCGCACGGUCUGGAGCCGGACGGCCUUCUUAGGGCAGCUGAAGAAGGUCCAAGCCUGUGGCGAGCUGAUCGGUGAGCAGAGCUAUGACUUGGUGGCGCGCUCACGCCUGGAUGUACGCUGGUACAGUUUCCCAGCGGAUGCACGUGUGCUGGAAGUGCCGGGUGUCGUUUGGCUUCCUUUCCGUGCGACCGAAAGCAUGACGCAGUACAUGAAUGACCUCUUUGCUAUUGGCAGUCAAGACGAGAUGAAGCCCUAUUUGCGCGUCUACGAGGAGUUACUUGACCGAGGAAAUUGGAAGCUUCAUCGAUCCUUCGAGAGCUCACCCGACGGGUUGGACACGGAGGAGCUUUGGCAGGUGAGCUUGCUCAAGGCUGGCAUCUUGGCCAGGCAACACCCGGAAAUUUGCUUCAAUUUGCUGUCGCGGAAUUCAUCGGGUACAUUGCCCCUCGAGAGGGAAGACAACUGCCGUGAUGCACAGCGACAUCCCCAUGGCUAUUUCAUCAACACAGAAUGGUCCAAGGCGCCCUUGUCAACUCUGCCGGGCAUCUUUCCCUUUGACUCUUUGCUCACUGUCCGGUUGCUGCACUUUUUCUAUGCAGAAUACGCUCGCCUGGGUAGACCAGCCAAAGUGCUGGAUCUGGGAUGUGGCAGGGGCAGCAUGAUAGAACGCUGGUUGGGCUAUCAUCCUGCAAGCAUUGCCUGUAUUGAUAUGCUUCCUGGACUUCGUGAGAUCUUGGGUCACGACCUUGUGGAAUUGGAUUUGACACAGCACUUGGAUCCAAGGAGCUUUAUGACCACUCGCUCCUGCAGCUUGAUUGGUGGCACCCAGUCCUUGGAGCGGCUUUUGAGCGCAGCCGAGUUUCAUCACAUGACCAGAGCAGAGACCUUCAAGAGUCUGUUGAACUGCUGCUACACUCCUGGAUGCCUUGGCUUCUUCCUCAGCCCGGUGUUGGACGAAGACCGGGGAUUGAUCUUGGUCUUCAACGCCUCACAGUCUUGGGACGCCGAGCACAUGGUUUGGCUCGCGCGGCGGAACUUUUCCAAACCCAACAAGUUGGCCUGGGCCAGGGCCGCCGACUGGGACACUUGGCACUUGGGUCAAUUCCGAGCAGAAUGCGCUUCCGUUUCCUUUAACAAAGCUCCAUCCCGGACGAUAGAAGAGUCGGAAAACGCAAGUAGGACGGACGAGCCUUGGCUUACGUCAGUGCAGAUCCGCCCGAGAUCCCCGAAGGCCUUGUUGUUGGAUGUGGCGCACUAUGUGCCGAGAAACCGCUGGCCAGUGCUGGUGGACAAUGUAGAUCGCCUUGCAGCUCAAGGUUUGAUUGUCACUUCGCCCUUUCCGGUCCUCGCGAAAUUGCAGCAACUCUUGGCGAAGCACUCCUUUGUUCGUGACAGGCAGACUGAAGACUUGCUACAGCCCUAUGCUAUGAUUCGCGGUCUGCGUGAGGAUCAACUGCUGCAGGUGUACAGGCGAGACACCGGGAGAUUUUCAGCUUCCUUUGCCUUCCCACCGCCUUUUCCAUGCACUUUGACCUUGGAGUCCGAAGUCUUCGAAGGGCGGUGUAUUCUGGGCAUCACGAUGGGGUGUUCCGACGAGGAAUACAUUUGGGUGAACGAUGCUUGCUACGGCUGGUUUCGCCGCGGCCAGAGUCAGGGAGCUUGUAUCAGUGAUGCCGGAUCCGUUCAACGCAGUCGAUGGGCCUACAAUGAGGUGAAGUCCCAGCAAUUUGUUGAGUGCUACUUGCCAGAGGUGCGUGAGACUCUUGAGGAGAAUGUUCGCACCUUGGGUCCGGACGCGAGCGAGGUCAUGCACUUCUGCAAAGACACUUAUGCUCAGGAUCCACUGCCACUGCAUUUCUCAGAUGGUGCCUGGCACACGGAGGAGUUUGUAUGUGAGCAUGUGAUGAUGGCAAUACAGCUUCCUUUCGACGCGAUAGUGGAGGUCUCCGGCUAUAGCGAGCUCCUGCGGGGAUCAGGCUGGCCGAACACAUUCGUGCAGCGAGCGGGCGAAUGCAAGUCUUGGAAUUUGAUUCCUUUGUUCGGCCUCGCCUUCAGUUUCGAUGUGUGGAAGAUCUCCACUCCAGAGGGUUUUAAGAAACUGGAAGAAGUACGAAGGACCGGAGGAAGAGAGUCGUUGGGCAACAGAGGCCGUUUGCCUCUGCCCUGGUUGGUGGCAGAUCUGCAAGUCAGAGCAUCCUCGAACACUUCGGGCUCUGCUGGCAUUCUUGGACUCUACGAUUAUCUUGAUGCUGCGUCACACUGGAGCAACCGUUCCCGCAUUUGGCAAGACGCAGGUGGAGAACUGGACAAUCACGCGGAGAGCUUGCAGAGGGUCGAUGGCCAAGCUGCAUUGCUCCUGGUGCUGCGGAUCACUGUAGCAAAGAUGCUUCGGCAAAAGGUCCCCGCCACAAUGCUGAAUGCAGCGGAGUCUUUGAUCUCCAUGUCAGCGGGAGCGAUGAUGAACUAUGCCCGCCAGCUGCUAACACAAGAUGCUAGCAUAGACAACAUCACAUUGGCUGAAGGUGAGAACUCUCCUGUGGAGGUGCGCGACACUGCUGAAGGUCCACGCUUGCACUUCAGCAACGUGCCAUUGGGCCGCUACUUGCACCAUACAGCUACGUUCGCAAGCCUGAACAUGACAAAAAAAGUCUGCUACUUUGUGAGUCCAGCUGCUGAUCGCGAGAAGAAGGAGCAAAGCCGUUCGGGCGAUGGCCUCCAACCCUAG